AUGUCACGCGCAGAAAGACAUCAAAUGAUGCCCUGUCUGAAGGAAGUCAUGUUAGAUGUCUUCUGUUGGAGUCGAAGCCAUCGGCGAAUAGGCACCAGGUUGGCAGCCCUGUCUGAAUACACCAUCUAUCUGUGUGAUGAGGGCGUAUCAACACGAGCCAAAAGAGGUCAUACGCCCGAUAAGCCUAUUAUAUUUCCAGUGGUUGCCGUAGAAACGGACAAAUUCGCCUUCUAUGGAGGCAAGUUGAGCAACUUGUCCGUCUUCAUGAAUGCGGACGCCGUGACGAAAUGUCCUCCUGCCGGGGUUGCCGUGACCCCCAUCGAGGUAGAGUUGGCCCAGUCGCCCAAUCGGGUGUGCUGUUUGGGUCUGUGCUCCCGAUUUGCAGACACAAUGGGCCAAGCUAGGGAUUUUAUUAGUCACUGUCAGAAAAUGGCUCUUGUCUGCCGAGAAAAAUUAACCUCUCUCCUCUGGCUGGCUGGGCAUAAUUUGGAGUUUGUUGCAAUGAAUCAUCAAAUAUUAGCGGCCUGCUCAGUGGACCCAGUUCUACAACAAAUAUGCGCCCAGUCUAGAGAUGCUUACCCCAGUGUGCGCUGCCUGCACAUUGUGGGCACAAUUUACGCCGUGACUCUCCCCGAGGGCAGUCAACUCUGGGCAUCCCUGCGUUAUAUUUGUGGCCUGUUUCCACGUCUGGAGCGAUUACGUGUCAGUUUUAUGUUCGGUUUGGACGCAGCCGACCUGCGUCUAGCCAUUGCUCAGUGUCCCCGCCUGCAAAUUCUUUACCUGCACAGAGUGCCAAUUCACCUGAACGACUUCCAGGAAGCCUUGCUGAGUAUUCUUUCUACGAGCAAGCAUUUGGUGACCUUGAGUCUUAUUCUCGGGCAAAUACCAAUAGGUGGUGAAAUUCGCUCCUGGACGCGUGCCUUUCAUUCCAAGACCCUGCGUUAUCUGCAUUUGGAACUUUGUUCAGGAGGUGAGGUGUUUGCCAGGGAAGUCCUGGCCAUUGCUCAGCAGAUCCCUACGCUCCUUUGGGUAGUUGUGAAGUGUAAUGACAGUCACGUGAUAGUGGCUAAUCGAACGCAGGCUCAUGAGACGCCUGUCUUGAAGGAAUACCUGCGUCUUGACACACUCGACCUACCUGUCAUCUGCCCUCAGCUAUUUGACCUCCUGUGGUUUCAGAAGUCUAGCGUUUCCUAUUACCAGUUCCCUAAUUAUUCUCCGCAUCACUUCGGACAAAUCAUAAAACCCGGUUGCCGUGAUCAGGCGACGAAGAAAGCGGUUUAA